GUUCUGAAGUUUUCAGCUGCGUUCCUCCCUCCUCUGUCCCUCGUCGUUAAAGGCGUGGUUCAGUCAGUGCUGAUUUACUCCUAGGCAGGCACCGAACCCAACCAUGUGCAAAUGGCAACGGUCGAGUGCUGUGCAGUAGAUUCGUAUAAUUAAUUAAAUGCACAGUGGACGAACAGCGGAUAUGGAAACACCUUUCACCUGGUCGUCCAGCGGGCGGUCGGUACUCAAGCUCAAUAUACGUCACCUGUGUCUCGUAGGCGUGUGGCCUUUGGGUACUUCCCGCCUUUACCAACUGUACGCCUUCUUCGUUUUUGCUAUGGGCGUCUGGAACUUCGCGGAAGGUUCGUUGUGUGUCUCCUACUGUUGGCGAGAUCUCGAAGCCACAACACUGGUGGUGGCCAACAUGUUCACCAUGGGCAGCGGCAACGUGAAGAUGGCCUUCUACAUGCUGAACCGACGGCGGUACAAUUCGAUGGUCCGGCGCGUCGACUCGUUGAUGUCGCUUCAAAGCGAGAGCUGUUUCAGCAAUCCUGCGCUGGAGAAUAUUGUCCAGAGAUCUCGCAGGAGAGCGGCUCGCCUCACGAUGGGUAUGCUGCUCUUCAUGGCUUCGCAAGGCAUCGUGUGGUUCCCUAUGCCGCUCAUCGCCGACCCCAGCGAGCGGCGUCUGCCUUUCGUACAGCACCCGUGGGACAAUAACACCAGCUACUACCAACUGUCGUACGCCGUCCAGUGCGUGGUAGCCUUGUGGAUGGCCCAGAUAAGCAUGGGCAUGGACUGCCUCUUCGUGACGAUUAUGAUCCUGGUAGCGGCGCAGCUGGAGGUCCUCGCACUCAGGGUCGGCAAGCUGAGGGCAGACGAGAGUGGAGCAGGUGAAGGUCUCCGAAUAGCGAGCGCCUCUUCUGUGGCUCACGAGAAAAUGUACAGCAACCUGUGCUUUUGCGUCAAAAGUCAUCAGGAAAUCCUCAGGUUCGCCAGGCUGCUCAAUGACACUAUGAGCCCAAUAGCUAUGACACUGUUUGCCUUCAACGUCCUCGUCGGCUGUGUGGUGUUGUUCCAGACAACAUACAGCUCUGACAUCACUGCAGUAAUUAAAUGCCUCGUUUUUCUUCCCAUUCUGGGAGGCCAGGUUUAUCUUUAUUGCUGGGCUGCUCACCAAGUAAAAGAUCAGGCGGAGGCGGUUUCGACUGCAGCGUAUAGCUGCUCGUGGGUGGAUGCGGGAACGAGCUUCAAGCGCGCCCUCAGGAUUCUCAUCUACCGCGCCCAGAAACCACUCAUUCUCACUGCCGGACAUGUCUGCCCGAUCAACAGGGAAGCCUUUCUUUCGAUGGUGAAUGCCUCAUACUCAUACUACGCACUACUGGGUCAAAUGAACAAGCGCUCUGUGGACUGAAGAGCAAUGGGUAUUGAUGUCCAUAGUUUGCUACUUGUAGUAUUGUUUUCUGAGCCUACCUUUCAGAUAAAGAUUGUUUAGAAGAAAGUACAAUCGUAAAGCAGUUUUCUGAUGUUACUCCAAUUACCAAAAGAUCUCAAAUAUCAAAACUGCUGUAGCACUGCAAAUGUACACAUAUAGCCUUAGAUCAAUGAUAAAUGUCAAUUAUGAUUCAUUGACAGUUGUUUAUUCCUUUCUUUUCCAAAUAAUUCAGUACUUACCAGCUACAUUUCCUUAAGGUUAAGCUGGAGAAACAAAUAUGUUUAGAAAUAUAGACAAAAAUUUUGUGAGAAUCAUGAACAUCUGAAUUGAGUACCAUAUUUUGCUGGGGGGGGGGGGGGGGAGGUGGAAGAUAAAGUGAAAGUUCUUUCUUCUGAACUAUCUUUCGUAUUUGUUGCUUUAUUUAGCACUGGCUCUAUUUUCGUUAGCUUACCUCAAGUUCAGAUUUUGUCAUAUGAAGUCACAUAUUUCAAACUGAGUAGAUUAUUAAUCACUCCAUUAGCUUUAUUUUAUUUGUGUAGUAGAUAGAACUUUCCCAAUGUUACAGUUAUAUUAUUAUUGAAAACUAUGUAAAGAGUUAAAAAUCUGAUACAUUCAUUUUGUGAACUGUAACAGAAUAUUUUCCAAUAAGACAUUAAUUUAAUGUUUACAAUUUGCCAUUGUCUUGUUACAUCACAAGUUAUUUGAAUUCUAAAUUAAGUAGGGUGCUGAUUGAAGAAUUUCGUAGACUCUCAAAUUGUAAAAUUCUGUCUCUCUGUAGAAGAUACAGAAUUUUUUCGGAAGCAGUAGUUCCACAUUUACAUUUUAUAUUUUUUUUUUUUUUGUUUAAGUUGAUAGUGCUUGAAUCUUAUUAUAUAAAAUAAACUGUUUCCUCGAGUUUAUCGUAUCUUUUUAGACAGUGCUAAAUCAUUUUUGCUACCGACCACCACCGUAAAUCUUCCUUAACAGCUGAGAGUCAAGAAGUUUAUAAACUGCUGUAAAUCUACCAUU